UAUAAUAUUUCUUUCUUUUUUUAAUUUGAUUUUAUUGUGCAUAUAACUGCCAUUCGUACCUCUAAUGCUGACAAACUUUCCAAAACUUAUAAAGGUAAACAGAAAAGUUAGGUUCGAACAGACGAUAAACCUGUGGAACGUUUAGGCGCGAAAGUAAAUUUGUAGUUUUAUUUUUCAUGGCGUUUAAUCAGCAAACCGCUACUUCGAGAACUACGUCUCAACGUUUUUCAGUGGAGUUCUCAAUCAGAAGUUACUGGUUGUUCGUCAUUCUUAUUUUUACCGUUCAUAACGUAUGUGGAUUUAACGUAGACACUAAAUUUCCAGUCAUUUUUAGGAAUUCAGCAUGGAACUCGGAAAACACUAACUUUGGCUUUUCUGUGGCCUUCCAUAGAAACGACGCUGCAAAAAUGAUUUUGGUGACGGCCCCCAAAGCUAAUGGCUCUGCCUUCGGAUCUGAUGUUAUCGAACCUGGAAUUUUAUACAAAUGUAUUUUUAUAGAAGGGAAAUCCACAACUACUUGUAAUGAAGUUGAAAUUGAUACCACAGGUAAUGAGAACGAAGUGAAGAAGAACGAGUUCGUGAGUUAUAAAGAUUUGAAAAACAAUAUGUGGUUCGGUGUUUCAAUGGACGUGCAACAUCAAGGUCAGAACAACGUUGUGGUUUGUGGACAUCUUUGGAAAAACCAACAGUUCUUGGAUUACUGGGCUAAUGGCGUCUGCUACUUGCUUAAUAAAGACCUCAUUCUUUUGAAAGAGAACAAGUACCUCCCCCUUGUCGACCGUUGUACUGGAUUAGGUUAUGAAGUUGAAGAAUCAGGCCAACUGGGUCAAGCCAUUAUACCUGACCCAAUUUACGUGUACCGAAAUUACCCCUAUAUAGGGUACUCUGUAACGACGGGAAAAUUCUUUAAACUUAGUGAAACAGAAUCAUUGGUCCUGGGUGCUCCAAGAGAUUCAGAUACACGAGGAAAGGUUUACAUCAUCAGUGGAUAUGCAUUUUUUACAUCGAAAUCCUUUAAAGAAGAAGCCAGGUUUGAAGGAAGCCAGAUGGGAGAGUACUUUGGAGCUACAGUUCUAGCAGUUAAUUUAAAUAACGAUAAGUAUUCAGACUUACUUGUGGGGGCACCACUGUUCUCCCUAGAAGGUGGUUCCGAAUGA